AUGAACUUGAAGAAUUUUGCAAUAAUAAUAAUAUUCUUAACACAAAGUACUUUUGGAAUUCUGGGAAACAUCUCUCUUCUUUCCAAAUAUCUAAUUAUUUAUUAUAAUGAACAUACAUUGAAGCCCACGGAUUUGAUCCUCACACAUUUAAUCACAGCCAACUUUCUGAUCAUUCUCUCUAAAGGGGUGCCCCAUACAAUGGUAGCUUUGGGGGUAAAACUGUUUUUCAAUGAUUUCAUGUGCAAACUUUUCUUGUAUAUUCAAAGACUUGGUAGAAGCAUGUCUAUGGGAACUACCUGCCUCUUGAGUGUCUACCAGGCCAUCACCAUUAGUCCACAGAAUUCCUUCUGGAAGAACAUUAAAUUCAAAUUUCCAAAUCACAUUGGUUUCUCUAUUUCUCUCUGCUGGGUCCUAUACAGUGCCAUAAAUUUCAUUUUUCCUGUUCUUGUGCAUAUCAAACAGAGUCAGAAAAAUACAACAGUGAAAAGAGAUUUUACAUUCUGCUCUGCUUUGGGACAUGAAAAAAUUGUAGAAUUACUGUACAUAGCAUUAUUGGUAUUCCCUGAAGUCCUGUUUUCUCUAUUCAUCAUCUGGUCAAGUGGCUCCAUGAUUGCAAUUCUUCAUAAACACAAGCAGCUGAUUCAAUAUAUCCGGCGCAAUCAAACUUCCAUCAGAAUCUCCCCUGAGUCUAGAACCACCCAGAGCAUUCUGGUUCUUGUGACUACUUUUGUUGUUUUUUAUACCCUCUCUUCCAUUUUACAAGGUUUCAUUGCUGUUUUAUAUAAGGCCAAUUGGUGGUUGGUAAUCUUCACAAGCUUCAUUUCUAUGUGUUUUCCCACUUUGUGCCCUUUUCUUAUGAGUCAUGAUUUCAUUUUGCUCAGAUUCUGUUUAUUCUAG